AUGGAGGAUAUGGACAAAAUUAAAGUUCAACCAAAAAUUUUACUCCAAAAGAAACCGAACACAUCAGAGCCACAGAAGGAUCUUGGUCGCUCUGGUUUUUCUUCUUCAUCAUCAACCAUUUCCAUUCCCAAAUGCAAGAAACCAAUUUCAAAGAAAACUGUAUCGGUCAUGGCUCCUCAGCAAUCAGAGCGAAGGCCUGCCACAACUGGCUCGGUCAAGACUGCAUUGACAAUGACAGAGAAAAUCUUGGCUAGAGCUUCUGAGAAGCCCCAGUUGAACCCAGGUGAGAAUGUUUGGGUCAACGUUGAUAUCUUGAUGACCCAUGAUGUUUGUGGGCCUGGUUCUAUUGGGAUCUUCAAGAAAGAGUUUGGAGAGGAUGCUAAGGUUUGGGACCGGGAAAAGGUUGUUAUUAUACCAGACCACUAUAUAUUCACUAAGGAAGAACGUGCAAAUCGCAAUGUGGACAUAUUGAGAGAUUUCUGCAAUGAACAAAAUAUAAAGUACUUUUAUGAUAUCAAGGAUCGUAGUAACUUCAAGGCUAACCCUGACUACAAAGGUGUAUGCCAUGUUGCACUUGCCCAAGAAGGUCAUUGCAGGCCUGGAGAGGUCCUGUUAGGGACAGACUCACAUACCUGCACUGCUGGAGCAUUUGGCCAAUUUGCAACUGGAAUUGGCAACACUGAUGCUGGUUUCGUAUUAGGCGCUGGGAAGCUCCUCCUCAAGGUGCCCCCAACUCUGAGAUUUGUUAUGGAUGGUGAAAUGCCUGAUUAUUUGCUUGCGAAGGAUUUGAUUUUGCAAAUUAUUGGUGAAAUAUCUGUUGCUGGUGCCACAUAUAAAUCGAUGGAGUUUGUUGGCACAACUGUUGAAAGUUUAACUAUGGAAGAGCGGAUGACAUUAUGCAACAUGGUUGUUGAAGCUGGGGGAAAGAAUGGUGUUGUCCCUGCUGAUAAUACUACAUUCAAGUACCUUGAGGUUUGUCUUGCUGACUUUUUUAUGGACUGUUCAUCUUGGCUUAGGAUAAAACAUCUCUGCCCUAUGAACCAGUUUAUAGUGAUGCGCAAGCAAGUGAUGGCAUAUUUCUUGGCUUCUAGAUUUCUUUCAGAGUAUAGAUUCGAUAUCCCAAAAUUGGAGCCAAUGGUUGCAAAGCCUCACUCUCCUGAUAAUCGUGCUUUAGCAAGAGAAUGCAAAGAUGUCAAAAUUGACAGAGUAUAUAUUGGAUCUUGUACUGGUGGAAAAACAGAAGACUUUAUGGCUGUAGCCAGAGUUUUUCUAGCUUCUGGUAAUAGGGUCAAAGUUCCCACAUUUCUUGUCCCUGCUACCCAGAAGGUUUGGAUGGACAUAUUUACUCUCCCAGUACCAGGAUCUGGUGGCAAGACUUGCUCCCAGAUUUUUGAAGAAGCUGGUUGUGACACACCUGCAAGUCCUAGUUGUGGUGCCUGUUUGGGAGGCCCUAAAGACACUCAUGCUCGCAUGAACGAACCUUUGGUCUGUGUCUCGACAACAAAUAGGAACUUCCCUGGUCGAAUGGGACACAGGGAAGGCCAGAUAUAUCUUGCUUCUCCUUACACGGCGGCAGCAUCUGCUUUGACUGGUUAUGUCACUGAUCCACGAGAGUUCUUGCAGUAG